GUUAUCAAGAAUUUCUAUCCCAGACUUUUGAGCGAUUUUGAUCGGUCAAAUGAAAUUUAUGACAUUUUUAUUGAUCCACAAAGAACAGGAACAUGUGCGUUUUCAUCAUAUCAUGCAUAUUUUACAUUUAAGCUCGGUGACAGAGAAUAUAAAAAGAUUUUUGCAGUUGCAUCUUUAAGUGCCCUGAAGCUUUUUGUAUCUCAAAAAGAUCCGGAUUUUAUUUCAGAAAAAUAUCGCUCUGAGUAUUCCCUUUCUCUCAAAUCGGAACCAAGCCAGUCAGGUGAAAGUCAUAAAGAAGCUGAAAACUUUAUGUAUGAAAAAUUAACAUCAAAUCAUGAUAUAUUGAACGAGAUGGGAAAGUUUCACUUUUUAAGGUGGAAUGUCGAUCUGGUUGAUACGAUGUUCAGAUAUCUGGUUGAAAUAGGCAGUUUUGCGUUUGAAACGAAAGAGCAUGCCUUUUUUGGGCAUCUAAAAGUGGUUUAUGACAAAUUCCAAAUUGUCAAGAAGAAAAAUAUUUUCAACGCAGUUCCUCCACAAAUAGCUGAUAAUAGAGGCAUAAGAGCCUAUUUUUCUAAAACCGUUUUUGGAUUUUUAAAGCUUGGAUCUUGA